AUGUCGUUCAAUGACUUAGAGCGCGGCUCUUCCUCAUCACGCGGCGGCGGUGCGGGCGGCAGCGGUGGCUCGCGCAAGACGCCUCUGCCGCUGUACCGUGACGAAGUGUCCAACACGUUACCGCCAGAGUUCGAGAAGCUCACGUCCAAGAUCGGAAUCCAGAUCUUCAAGAUCAACUCCAACGUCACCGCCAUCCAGAAGCUCAUCACGCUCUCAUCUUCGCCCUCGACAUCCAGCGCACCGUCCAAAGCGGCGGGUCAGGACUGGAGCAAGCGCAUCAACGACUUGAUAGAGACCACGCGCGAGCUCGUAAAGGAUGUAACCACGGACAUCAAGCAGCUCUCCACCUUCCCGCUCGGCUCCGCCAGUGGAGCGGCCAAGCUGACGCAGGCCAAGCUGCAGCGCGACUUCCAGUCGGCCGCAAUGCAGUUCCAGCGCGUGCAGAAGGAUGCGGUGGCCAAGACGCGCGCCAAGCUGGAGCAAGACAAGCAGAAGGAGCGCCAGAUGCUGCGAUCGCGCAACUCGCAGCUGCUCAUCGACACCGAAGAGGCCGAUCGGGGCGCGGCGUCGUCGCAGCAGCAGCAGCAGGCGGGUGCGGACGCAGGAGGCUUGCAGGCAGAGUCGCUCGAUUUGCUACCCGAGGGACCGAGCCAGGCAGAUCUCGAGUAUCAGGAGUCGCUCAUCACCUCGCGAGAGGCCGAGAUCCGAGAGAUCGAGUCCGGUGUGCAGGAGCUCAACGAGAUCUUCCGCGACCUGGGCAACAUUGUGCAGGAGCAGGGCGGCAUGAUCGACAACAUCGAGUUCAACAUCAACUCGAUCGCAGACAACACCGCCGGAGCCGACAGAGAGCUGGUCGUGGCGCACGAGUACCAGCGCAGGGCCGGACGAAGGUGCAUCUGCCUGCUGCUCGUCGUUGGAUUCGUCGUGGCCAUCGUGCUGCUCGCCAUCCUCAACUAG